AUGUUGUAAACAGGGUCGCCACGGAUCUCUCUCUACUGUAAUCUCCAUUUUGAAUGUUUUUAUGGGUUAGUUUCAUGGCACGCCUCUUUUCUCAUGGCCGAAGACGAGUAAAUUGCCCGGAUUAUCCAGACGGUGUUAUGAAUUCGGACUAAAACGCUGGACGAUAUCUGACCUGCGAUCUUUGUACGCAGCUUGCGAUUUUCCUUGCUCUUCUGAAACGACCUCAGAGACUGCGGUGAAGGCUUUCGUGUUGUUGCUAAUCGCUAACAGCAGUAACGUCCAAACAAAACAAUGUCAGAUGAUGCAACAAAUCAAAUCAGGAACGUAAAUAUCAAAAGUAAUGCAAGAUGGAUCAAGGCGGACUGAAGAACGGCGCCAAGAGAGAUGAUCAUUUGAAUGCGCUGGAUUACAGCAACAGCCCAGUUGAGGGAAUUUUACGAAGCGGAAUACAAAGCGCCAUGUCUGUCGCCCCCACCUCGGUGGUUCCUCAGCCCAAUCCGCUGAUGCAGCCGGUUUCUGGGGACCUUCCCAACGGCCUGAGCAAUUCGCCCACUCUGGAGGAGCACACCACCUCUGUGUCCUCCACUCUUGGCAUCUUUGGGGAUGAUUCGGAGCUCAAAGUGGUUGGGAAGGAGCAGAGGGCACAGCAACACCAGACCCUGAGCGCUUUUACUUUGGGAGACAGCUUCUCAGGUCUGGAGGCCAGCAUCGCCGACCUCAACAGCGCAUCCCCGUCUGUGGACUCCCUGAUCGGUGGAGUCGACCCCAGUCUCUUUCAUUUAAAGACAGAGGACUUUUCUCCCAUGGAUAAAGGCGAUAUGGACCUUGACCAAGAUUCCUUCGGGCCCAUUGGGAAAGAUGUUGAUGUUGGCAAUCAUAAGCUCUUUAGUGACAACACUCUGGACCUCCUACAGGACUUUGAGUUGGACGGUUCGCCUUCCGAUUUCUACGUGGCGGACGACGCGUUCCUUUCCACCAUAGGUGAAGAUGCUCUGCUCGGAGACUUGCCGACAAAUACAGAAAGGGACUCGAAGACCACCGCCUCCGUGAGCAGUGCAGUCAACGGCGCGACCAUUUCCAGCCCCUCCAACAUCAACACGUCCACCGCCACCAUCAGCUUGCCCACUGUGAAGGUGGAGAAGGACUCUAUAAUUCAGCUGUGUACUCCGGGGGUCAUCAAACAGGAGAACAGCGGGACUAACUACUGUCAGACGAGUCUCCACAGCACACCCAUUAACAUUUGCGGUGUCACCACUUCAAGUGGACAGAGCUUCCUAUUUGGGGCCGGCCCAUCCACAGCUGCUGUCAGUCAGCAGAAAGAUCAGAAGCCCAUCUUUAACGUCUUCACCCCUUUGACCUCUACAGAAGACGGCUGGGGCAGGGGCCAGGGCUUCGGGAAUGCAAGCGAAAUGCAACAGAGGGCCAGCGAAUGCUUUUCCAAAAACUUCACAAACCCAUUUGCCAGACCUGAAGACAGCACUGCCACAUCCUCAGCUGCCGGGAAGUCUGGUACACACAAGAGCUGUCUUGUGUGCUCUGACGAAGCUUCAGGCUGCCAUUAUGGAGUCCUCACCUGCGGAAGCUGUAAAGUCUUCUUUAAGAGAGCAGUUGAAGGGCAACACAAUUACCUGUGCGCUGGACGGAACGAUUGCAUCAUUGACAAAAUCCGCCGGAAGAACUGCCCUGCCUGUCGUUUCCGCAAAUGCCUCAUGGCAGGCAUGAACCUCGAAGCCCGUAAAACCAAGAAAGGGCGUCAACCCGGGAAGGUAAUCCAGCAGCCGUCGAUUCCAGAGCGCAAUCUUCCUCCGCUGCCCGAGGCCCGGGCACUGGUGCCCAAACCCAUGCCUCAGGUGGUGCCCACCAUGCUGUCACUGCUAAAGGCCAUCGAGCCGGACACCAUCUACGCCGGAUACGACAGCACCAUACCCGACACUUCCACCCGCCUCAUGACCACUUUGAACAGGCUGGGCGGCCGACAAGUCAUCUCUGCGGUCAAAUGGGCCAAAGCUUUGCCAGGGUUCAGGAACCUUCACCUGGAUGAUCAGAUGACCCUCCUACAGUGUUCCUGGCUGUUCCUCAUGUCCUUCGGACUAGGCUGGAGGUCUUACCAGCAGUGUAAUGGAAACAUGCUGUGUUUCGCACCAGACCUGGUCAUUAAUGAAGAGAGGAUGAGGUUGCCCUACAUGAGUGAUCAGUGUGAACAGAUGCUGAAGAUCUCCAAUGAGUUUGUGAGACUGCAAGUGUCCAAUGAGGAGUAUCUGUGCAUGAAAGUCCUUCUGCUCCUGAGCACAGUGCCGAAGGAUGGUUUGAAAAGCCAGUCGGUGUUCGAUGACUUACGAAUGUCUUACAUUAAAGAACUGGGCAAGGCCAUUGUGAAGAGAGAGGAGAACUCCAGCAAGAACUGGCAACGAUUCUAUCAGCUAACUAAGCUACUGGACUCCAUGCACGACAUGGUGGGUGGACUCCUAAACUUCUGUUUCUACACCUUUGUGAAUAAAUCCCUCAGCGUGGAGUUCCCCGAAAUGCUUGCUGAGAUCAUCAGCAACCAGUUACCAAAAUUCAAGGCUGGGAGUGUCAAACCGCUGCUCUUUCACCAGAAGUGAAGCUCCUCCCAGCAGCAGGACACGAUGCCUUAAAACGUCUACCCCGUCCCCUCACUCCCACUCCACCGGGACAGCGGAGGGAGGCGGAGGAAGGCGUAUGUGAGAAAGAGAGAGAGCUGAGGGGUGGGACUGUAUGCAGCACAGAACGCUAUGAUUGACCACAGUAAAGUCAGAGGAAGAGACGGGUAAUUAGAGGAUCUAACCAAGCGGCUGAACUGUUGAAGUGACAUAACCACGAAUCUCAUGGAUAGAUUAUCCCAUACAUGUCGUCUCAGGUGUUUGACUCCCAGCAUCAACUAUUAGUGAAGCUAAUUGUCUAAGGUCACUUACAAUGUAGAGUUCCACACGUCUCUUAUUUUUGGAGCAGAUGCAGCACCACAGCACUUACAGUCCAGUAUGCGCAGAUUAUAUAGUCAAAUCAGAAUAUCCUACUUUUUAAUGUCAGAUGAUAACAGUUUGAAAUAAUCAUUUCAAUAAUAUGUACAGAGAUAAUGGCUUGGUUUAAAAACGAAAUGCGUUUUGUAUGACAUAUCUUCAGUCAUUAACAGAGUUAUACAUAUAUACAGAAAGGGAAAAUACGUGCCUUUUUUUUUUUUCUUCAAAGCUUGUCCUUUUUUAGCCGUGUUUCUUGACUCAUCCACACCAGACAUCUCACACUUCUUCUUCUUGUUCAUAGUUGAUUGUACUUUUAUACCCACUUGCACUUGUAAUUUUAAAAAAACGGCCGUGUUUUUUUUUUUUUUUUUUUUUUUUUGGCAGCUCUGUAAUCAGUAGUGUGAACUUCAAAAAAGUGAUCCUUAUCGAUGACUAUUAAUUUUAUGCCGAUAUCAAUUGAGAAAUGCAAAUCGAGCACUUUUACUCCUUGUAAAUGCUUUAAAGGGGCCGGUUUAGGUUUGCAGCAAAGGUGUUAUUUGCGUCUAAGAAAGCCAUUUAAUAUUAAAUUCACCUGUUAAUUCAUAUAGGAAUUAUGCAAUGUGAAACAUGCGUUUUUUUGUUUUUUUUUGUUUUUUUUUUAAUGUGUGUGUUGUAUUUGUUCCUCGGCUUACAUAGUAAUGCCACAGUAAACAACCAAAAUGAUGAAUGCAGAUUACAGUACCUAUAACAUUCAGGAUUCAUGAAUUUUCAGAUUCAGUACAAUCACAGUUAGCACCAAACAUCAACUCAGGCCCACUUCAUUUAUAUCUGCAGUACUUCUCAAACUCUAGCUCCUGUAUGACAGUGUACAUUUGUAAUUUUUUUUUUUUUUUUUUUUUAUCAGGUCCAGAUUAAUUCUAAUUAAACUAACCUUGACCUGUCUGUUGGUUUAUUCAAACUGUGGUGCAGGCGCAGGGUUUUAACUCUCUGGGAAUUUCUACUCACCUGUAUUGUUCCGAUCUGUUAUUUCUGUGCCAAACAUAUAUUGCUUUCAAUUUGUACAAUCUAAAAACUGUGCUUGUCUUAACAGUUGUCAAAAGUAUAUAUAUAUAUAUAAUAUAUAUAAUAUAUAUAAUAUAUAUAUUCAAGAAAGGGGGCAAAAGAGAAGACCAGACUAUUUUAAAUUUCCUCUGUUGAAGCUUACUACAUCUUGUUUAAUACACAAAUAAACGAUCUCCAGCUUCAGAAGGCUUAGCACUGCAUUGUGUGGUACAGAUUUAGCGAUCAACACUUAUUUUCAAAUUCUAAUCAAUAUCUGAGCAGCACUUUUCACUUUGCUCUUCCGUUCCUACAGAUAUAUAUAAUACAAAUAAACAGAUGUAUUUACAUGAACUUUUGCAACAUGUCUAAUAAAAUGUUCUCUUAGACCUUA